AUGGAAAGUGUUUCUAUCAGUGAAGAUCCUAUUAGGAGAAGAGUGAUUAUGCAUUCUAACACUGCUAUCUUAGCUGGAAUUAGGGAUUGGCAGUUUAGUCUUGCUGAGUAUAAAUAUCUUUUACCUGAAUUCACCUAUGCUGAUAUUCUUCGAAUGUUUGGUAAUAUUGUUGGGGAAGUUAGAGUUAUAGAACCAGAUGGUGUGAACCCUCCUACAUCCUCUAAGUAUAGAGCUCUUGUUCUCAUUAAUCCAUAUCGUCUUUGUCCUGAAUGUAAAGUUCCUAAUCAUGAAGAGAUUGACUGUGAUAAUAUGACUCAUACCCGUCAUGAGAUGGAAGAAAUUGUUCGUGGUUUUGGUUUUGUAGAUCCCAUUUUGCCUCCUCAAAGGAAUCCUGAGCAAGAAGCACAACUCUUUCUACAACAUGGAUCUCAGAGGCGUGAUAGACUACGACAACCUAUUGAACAACAGCCUAGACCCUUUGAUGGUAUGCGCCUUUCAAUCUUCUCGGCCACUGAUUCAGGUUCUGGUGCUUCCUCUUCAUAUCAAAAUCAAGCUCAGCCCUCUUCUUCUUUGAGACCAUCUUAUACUAUGACUAGUGACGGUGCUAGUACUAGUGGUGUUAAGAAAAUAUAUCGUCGUACACCUAUUUUGGUUAUAACUUCUGAGCCGCAUAUUCCUGAUGCUGAUUUGGAUGACAAUGUGGUUACUUCUCAAGUGGAUGAUAUUGUCUCUGUUGAAGAUGAUACCACUGCUUCAGCCAUAGAUAAUGUUUGGGACAUUGCUGCAGCCUCUGCUUAUAAUGCACAGAAUCAUACUGAUGCAUGGCAACAAAUAUUUUAUUUCUUGUGUGAAACCAAAGCUCAGUCUAAUAAUAUGAGAUUUUAUCUUUCUAAUACUAAAUAUCCUCAUUACUGGUUUCAUCCCUCUUUGGGUCUCUCUGGAGGUAUCUCUCUUGGCUGGAAAAAUGGAAUUGAUAUUGAAAUCAUGCAUACAGCCUCUAAAAAUAUCCAUGCUAUUGUCCAUACUCAUGAUAAUAAUAUGGAUUUCUUGAUAACCUUCAUGUAUGGUGCUCAUGAUGAUACAGAAAAUGCCAACCAGUGGCAAUAUCUUAUUAAUAUGCAUUUGUUUGUUGAUCUUCCUUGGGUUCUUCUAGGUGAUUUAAUUUUCACCAUGCAUGACUCCGAAACACAUAGCUCUAGUGUCACUCAUCCUCAUCAUGCUAGACAUGUUAGAAAUUUUGUUCGGCAACUAGGUCUCAUUGACUUAGGUUACUCAGGAGCUGACACAACUUGGUCAAAUCAUCGUAGUGGAGAUGAUCAUGUCUCUGCUCGUCUAGAUAGAGCUUUAGUGAAUAAUCGCUGGAUCAACCACUACACAAAUGCACAUCUUCAACAUUUAGUACCUGUUGCUUCGGAUCACAACCCGAUUUUGCUACAUACAAUAUGGAAACGACUUUCUUUUGGAAACAUCGAUAAUAACCUUCAAAAUAUUCAGAAGCAACUACAAUUUUGCUAUGACCGCAAUUUGCCUUCUUCUCAUCCUCAAGUUAAGCAUCUAAGCUCUUCCUUGCAGCAAUGGCUUUUGAUUCAAAAAGAGUUCUUCAUGCAAAAAACAUGUGAUAAAGUUCUUGAAGCAGAUAGAAACACUUCUUAUUUUCACUCGAUAGUCAAUUACAAUAAGAGAAGGUCAACUAUCAAUUCCAUCCAGGGUCCCUUGGGCAUUUGGUUUGAUAGCAGAAGUGAUAUUGAAGAUAUACUUACUAACCAUUUUAAGAAUAUUGCUACUUCUUCUAAGCCUCAGAUUAAUAACGAGAUUCUGCAGCUUUUUCAACCUUGUGUUUCCGAAAUACAGAACAAUUUCCUUAUCCAGGUGCCUCAUGCUCAAGAAAUAAAGGAUGUGGUAUUUAAAAUCAAGCCUUGGGCUUAUCCGGGUAAUGAUGGGUUCCAAGCUGGAUUUUAUCAACAUUGUUGGGAUGUUGUUGGCACUGAGGUUUUAAUCCCUAAAAUUUCAAACCCAAAAACACCUGCUGAUUACAGACCCAUAAGUCUAUGCAAUGUUAGCUAUAAAAUUAUUUCUAAAAUUUUAGCUAACCGUCUUAAACCCCUUCUUCCUGAUAUUAUCUCUCAUACUCAAACUGCCUUUGUUGCAGGAAGACAUAUCCAUGACAAUAUCAUUAUUUCUCAUGAGAUUUUGUUUAGUAUGAAACGUAAAAAGAUUAAGAAGGCUUUGGUUGGUUUGAAAUUAGACAUGUCGAAAGCUUUCGACAGGGUUGAAUGGUCAUUUCUGCUUUCCAUCUUUCAGAAAUUGGGUUAUCAUAAUGAUUGGAUUAGUUUAAUAGAGCAGUGUAUUUCUACUUCAAAUAUUUCCAUUCUUAUCAAUGGCAGUCCUUCUUCAAUUUUUUCUCCGACUCGGGGUAUUCGUCAAGGAGACCUGUUGUCUCCUUUUUUAUUUCUUUUUGUCAUGGAAGCUUUUUCUAGACUUUUGCAGCUUAAUGUGGACUCUGGUUGUCUUUCAGGGAUUAGAAUUAAUCAUCACUGCCCUUUAAUUAAUCAUCUGUUCUUCGCGGAUGAUUGUUUGUUAUUUUUUGAAGCUGAUUCUACUCAAAUGCAGCAUCUUCAACACUUGCUUCAUAUAUUUGGACAAGCUUCAGGUCAGGUGAUAAAUAUGCAGAAAUCAACCUUAUUUUUUGGCAAGCACACUUAUAAUUCUCAUAAGUCUAAUAUCACUGGUAUUCUUGGUAUGAAAUUUAUGGGACUUGGCAAAAAAUACUUGGGUAUACCUCUUCUGCUGCAUAGAUCCAUACAUAAGAACUGUCAGGGUGUUAUUGAUAACAUGAAUAAUAGAUUGCAGGGCUGGCAGAAAAAAAUUGUGAAUCAAGCAGGAAGAACUACUCAGGUUAAUUCUGUUCUAAGCUCUAUGGGUUUGUAUCAAAUGCAGGUUUUCAAACUACCUGAAGCAACUUUUCAACAAAUGGAAAGAAUUCAGAGAAGCUAUUGGUGGAACAGUUACAUCAAGCCACGUUCUCAAAAGUACAUUUCUUGGAGAAAGGUAAGUUUACCUAAAAGGCUAGGUGGUUUAGGACUUAAAAAUUUAUGCAACUAUAACUUAGCUUUUCUUGCGAAACUAGCUUGGCAACUGUUACAUAACCAAGAUGCUUUAUGGGCGAAGUUGUUGAAAGGUAAACAUUUUCCUCAUCAUGACAUGCGUUUCUUCCCUCCACCGGUUAACUUAAAUUCAAGUUGGAUUUGGCAAAGUAUCUCUAUUGGGCUCGAGAUUGUGUUGAAAAAUGCUAAAUGGCAAGUUGGUAAUGGAGCUCAUAUCAACAUAUGGACUUCUAACUGGAUUCCUUCUCUGAAUUCUGCUUUACAGGACUGGGGUGAUUUGAAUACUUCUAACUAUCAGUUGGUUUCUGAUCUUAUAGAUACUGAUACUGAACAAUGGAAUGUGUCGCUUCUUCGCCUUCUCUUUACAGCUGAUCAAGUGAACUCCAUUUUAACCAUUCCCAUUCAGUUAGAUCAAGAGGAUAAAUUAAUCUGGCCCUUUACAACCACUGGUAUUUUUACUACUGCCUCAACUUAUAAGAUAUUGUGUGAUAAAGAUAUCCUAACAGAUAACUCCAUGGGUUUAUAUCAACAUUUUUGGUUAUCUUUUUGGAAGUUGAAAGUACCUUACAAGUUUCAGAUUUUCCUGUGGAGAGCUAUUCACAAUGCUGUUCCAGUCAAAGAAAUAAUUUUCACCCAUGUGCAUAAUGCUGAUUUACACUGUGUACUUUGCAACCACAAUCAAAUGGAAGAUCUGGACCAUCUAUUACUUCAUUGCCCUUUCUCUAGGGCAAUAUGGCAGUAUUUUUUACCUCAUCAGUUUCACUUUAUUUUGCAGCACUCUUCUCUCUUAUCUUGGAUUCAGACUUGGCAACUCAAAGACUCCAUCAUCAACAUCCAGAAGUCCCCUGAGAUUGUUCACUUAGAUAUAUGCAUCAUGCAUUUCAUAUGGAAGCUUCGAUGUAGUGUUGUUUUUAACAAUACCACUCCCAACCAUAACUCUGUAGUCCAUCAGUACCUAAAAAUUAAUAUCGAUGCUUCUUAUAAUUCUAGUUCUUUGUUAGCUGGUAUUGGAAUUAUAGUUCGGAACUCUACAGAGGCAUAUGUCAUGGGAAGGGGAGCCUUGAGAAGAGCUAGUAAUGCUCAACAGGCCGAAGCAUGGGCAAUGUUGGAGGCUAUGCAACUGGCAGAUUCAAAUGGUUGGUCUCAUGUGAUUUUUGAAUCUGAUAAUCUGGGAAUUUGUUCUUUUCUUCAACAACAAUCUUCUCUUUGUCACUGGCAGAGUAUGCCUCUUCUGUGA